CUACAGCGUUUCCUUUGUUGGAACAAAUCCUGUGGACUUUGUUCAGAGUUUUUCUAGUGCUGGUCUUACAGCGAAUGGACAUUGAGGUGGUCUUGUAUAAAAGACACCGAAGCUCUGAAAAUCCGCAGAUCGUCCAGGGAGGAGCAUCAGGCUGAAGAAUGAGACUCACUGUAGUUGUGAUACUGUGCUGUCUGGCCGGGGCAAAAGGACAGUAUAGCGGAGGGUUUGCUGUGAACGGUAAAACUCCAACCUUUCACAGUGACGGUAAAAAGGCAGAAGGACAGAGCUGUGAGCCCAACAUGUUCACAGUCCAGAGAGAGUUAGGAGCCAUGGGGGAGAAACUGAAAGCCAUGGAAUCCAGACUGGAGACAUGUGAGAGCCUGAUGGAGCUGAAGUCUACAGUAACAUCACUGAAAGCCAUGAUGGACGAUUUCAAGAAGGAGCAGGAAGGCAGACCAAAGGUGGCGUUCUCAGCAGGAUUAGGAGGGAGUGGACAUACUGGACCCUAUAAUACAGACAUCACUCUGGCCUACAAAACAGUUUUCACCAACAUCGGCAGUGCUUACAACCCAGCUACAGGUAUCUUCACCGCACCAGUCAGAGGAGUCUACCACUUCAGCUAUUACUGUCACGGUGGAAGUACAAGUGAAAUGAGUGUCAACAUUUAUAAGAAUGAGCAACAGAUGGCUAUGGCCUACGAAGGCAAGUCCACCGAUAACAGUGACAACACGUCCAACGCAGUCAACCUGCAGCUGGAAGUGGGGGACCAGGUGUACUUACGCCUUUUGGCUAAUACCCAUGUCUGGGAUAACUCUAAGGGCAUCAGUACCUUCAAUGGGAUGCUGCUCUUCCCUUUGUACAAUUCUGUAACUCAACAAUCUUAAAAGGCAUUUUAAUCUAAUGACAUGUCAAGUAAUCUGUUGGUAUGGCUCUUUAAAUGAAAAGCAAGUGAUGAUUUUCUCAGCAAUAGUAUUUAAUAAUUUUGGAACAGAACUAUAGUUUAAUUUUCAGACAUACGUUGCUUUCAGGCGCCACCAAAAGUUGUACAAUUGACUUGGAGCUCCUGGGUUUUGCAUUCGGACGUGCGUUUGAUUCAGAUGAGUCUUUGCAGCACCUGAAUGCCUUCACUUCUGUUCAUGUGGGCUUCCUCUGGCUCCUCUGGUUGCUCUGGAUUCCUCCCACAGUCCAAACACAUGAAGUGACUGCUUUGAAUUGGCCGUGCUGUGUGUGUGUGCGUGUGUGUGUGUGUGUGUGUGUGUGUGUGUGUGUGUGUGUG